GAUAAUUAAAUUAAUUUUAAGUCAAGAAAUUAUAAUGAAUAAUAAUACAAACGAAAAUUCGAAGGAUUCUGGGUCCGCAGACGUUUCGGAUGUCUCCGUGGUAGAAGGGAUCAAACAUCCCCUUGAGCGACCGUGGGCUAUAUGGCAUAAUAACAAGGACAACAAUAAUGAAUGGGGUUCUGGCCUCGUAGAACUUACUACGUUUGACACAGUAGAAGAUUAUUGGUGCCUCUACCACCAUAUCAAGCGUCCAUCUGAACUCCCCUUAGAAACAGAUUAUGCAGUGUUCAAGAAAGGCAUUCAACCUACGUGGGAAGAUAAAAUGAAUGCAAAAGGCGGUCGAUGGGUUUUAAUGGCUGACAAAUAUAAGUUAAACGAGUUGUGGCUGGACAUAGUUCUACUUAUGAUUGGUGAAAAUUUCGAAGAUAUGGAUAUGAUUUGCGGUGUUGUAGUUAAUGUUAAGCAAAAAUGUAAAAUUGUGAUUUGGACUACAAAUACAUCGAAGAGGAAUAUUAAAAUUGCUGAGUAUCUGAAAAACAAACUUAAUAUUAAGAGAAAGUUAGAUUUUCAAGCACAUAAUGAUCGUAAAAUAUUGUAUUCUUAUUAG